UCUCUCGAUUAUUCUCUGUGCAUUUUUAAUUUUUCUCUUUCUGUCACCGGGGGCCCACUUUUCCCCGCCCACUCUCCUCAUUUUUUUUUCGCCCGAGUCUGAGAAUAGUGGAGCCAAGAAAUAGUUAAUCUUUCCGGCUGCUGCUAUGAUUGGCCGCUGUGUGCAGCCUUCAGCCUCCUUGAAUGAGAAACAGGGGUAACCAGGCAACUUCAGAGCCGGAGAGGAGAGAGAGAAAAGAAGAUAGAGCGUUACAGGAUCUUAAAAUUAUGGAAGAAUUUUUGUAAAGAAAAAAAAAAAGCAAGGCAAUGUGAUUUCACCUUGUGUGUCCGGGAAAUGGAAUUAACAAAUGGAUUUUCUUGAACGCUCUCUCUCUCUCUCUUCCUCUCCCUCUCUCUCUCUCCCUCUCUCUCAAUGGGGGGAACAGAUAGAGCGCUCAAAUGAAGGGGACACAGAUGUGGAUUAAAACGCUUAAAUGGGACACUCCAGAGACGCACGCGCUCAGAAAAGUGCUUGGAGAGAGUGACUGUGAUGGGCUGUCGGACUGCAUGUGAAGUGCUCUCCCAAAGAAUAAUAUCCACUCCUGACCUACUCUGAAGAACAAUAUAUCUUUCAAUCAAUGCCACAGACUCCCUCGGGGGGGAAUUACACCAGAGUAAUAGGCAUACACUCGGAAAAGAGCAACAGUGGACCAUGUGAUACUUGACCUUCACGAGAGAACUCAGCAAUACUCAAACAAAAUGCGCCACAAGUGACGGAGCGUAGAUUUCAAUGCUGGGUCUUCAUUUAUUGAGGAGCACCAGGCGUCUCACCAUGGAUUUGGACGAGAUUUUCUCUACCAAAGAGUGACUGAGAGAAGGACUGGAGUGGUGGGAAGUAGACACUGGGAGUUUGGAGGAGGAUUGAUUACGUGCUGCUAACCCAUGCUGGGUCUGCUGUGAGCAGGACGAGGGACUCAGCAGUGGAGGAUGUCAGCGGAGGCCGAGAUCCAGGCGGGUGUCAAAACCAGCCAGCGAAGGGAGUCCAGGAGGGUCAAAAGUCAGGACCGCACUGAGGCGGGGCUUAUUAAGCGUUUCCGUGGAGAUGGUGUGCGCUACAAGGCCAAGCUGAUCGGGAUUGAUGAGGUGACAGCGGCGCGUGGGGACAAGCUGUGCCAGGACUCCAUGAUGAAGCUGAAGGGAAUGGCUUCCUCGGCACGUUCCAAAGGGGAGCACAAACAGAGAGUCUUCUUGACGGUCUCCUUCGGCGGGAUCAAGAUUUACUGUGAAAGAUCAGGGGUGCUCCUGCAUCACCACUCAGUCCACGAGAUCAGCUACAUCGCCAAGGACACCCGGGACAACCGGGCCUUCGGUUAUGUCUGUGGGAAGGAGGGUCACCACAGGUUUGUGGCCAUCAAGACGGCACAGUCGGCCGAGCCUCUCAUCAUUGACCUGCGCGACCUCUUCACGCUCAUAUACGAUAUUAAACAGCGGGAGGAGAUGGAGAAGAAGGCUCAGAAGGACAAACAGUGUGAGCAGGCGGUCUACCAGACCAUCCUGGAGGACGAAGUCGACGAUCCAGUGUACCAGUACAUAGUGUUUGAGGCUGGACACGAACCCCUCCGUGGCCCCCAGUCAGAGGAGAGCGUUUAUCAGGUCCCAACCAGUCAGCAGAAGGAAGGGAUCUAUGAUGUCCCAAAACGCCAUUUCAUGACUAAUAUCAACCACUUUGAUCUUUUUGGUGACAUGUCCACUCCUCCCUCGAUGCCCCCAUCACCUGCCAACACACUGGACCCCAGCAGGAGCAGCCGCCAGCAGCAACAUGCUCCUGCUGAGAUGUACGCCCCCUUCAGCCCCACCUCUGUGCCGUCAGGUUAUAUGACCAUGGGUCCCGUACAGGCGGCCCAGUGGGCACAGCAGCCGUUUCCUGGUCAGGCUCAGACUCUGGCCUUCCCCGUGCAGGGGCCCCUCCAGGUGGCUCAGGUCCUCCCCGGUGGUCAGCCGGUCAUCUGGAGCCAAGCCAACAUUUUCCCCGCCACUCAGCAGCAGUGGGCGGCCAUGGCAGCCUACAUGCCGGCCCAGACUGUGGGCGUUGGGGGGCACGCUAUACCAGCUGCCAUGCUUCAAGGCCUGGUACCGAUUACCACCAUGUGCCCUCAAGCCUGUGAUCUAUCAGCUCCCUCCUCCGCCAUCACCAGCCCUCAGCACACGGCAGACCCCACUUUGCUCCAGAGGCAGCUGAGCCUCGGGAAGGACGGCCUUGGCAUGGACUCAGAUGCAGGCGAGGGCCCCUCUACAUCAGGAGCAGCAGGGGUGGGACCUGGUUUAGGUUCAGCAGCAGUAAGCAGGUGCGGGACCCCAGGCCUCAUGAGUGUACCAGACACGCUGGUCUGCAGUCAGCUGCUGCCUCCUUCAGCUGCUGCGACCCAGGAAGAGGAGGGGAGCUGUAGUGACCUUGAUCUCUCUAGGAUGACCUUGAGCCCAGGUACAUCAACGUCACCGUCAACUGAAUCUCCAUCCACUCCCGCCCCUCAGCAGAGCUCGUCUUCAGACUGCCCCCCCUCCCAGGCCAGUGACCCCCCCACAGAUCACUCCCCUGUAGACCCUGAGGGCAACUCCAGCAACGCCAAGGAGGAACAAUCGGACUCAUCUGUUGCAAGGUCGAUCUCUCCGGUGCCGGAUGGAGCUCCUGAUCCUCCGCAGGAUCAGACCUGUCCACAGGAAGACAGCUAGAGAACAACACACACCGAGGGAUGGAAGCUCUUGAGGCCCGGACAGAAGCUCAUGAGACAGAGAAGAAGAAGAUGAGAGAUGAGUGACUGUGAUCAGCAGCAACUCUCACGGCUGGAUUACACAGAUUUGUUCUGUUUGUUCAACCUUGGAAGGAUAUUUUGGCAGUUCUGCUUCAAGCUGGCUACCCUAGGAUCUGCUUUCCUCCAGAGGCCACAUACUGCACUGCACUGUACUCCUCAGCAUGACAACCAGACUUUGGCUGUAUCAUCCGAUCAGAAAACCUUUUAACCAGGAAGUGACCUUUGAUCUUUGAAACCUACAGAAGGAGGGUAUUUUCACCUCCCUGUAGUGGAUUAUCUAAUGUAUGAGGAUACAUGACACGGCCAUGAUGAUGCAGAUUAUUUUUUGGAACCUUUGAAGAGGAGCAGCAUCCUACUGUACGUGGUCGACCUUCAGUUUGUCAACAGCCACCAGCAAAGGACUGCACCCAGCAGAUGAAUUUGCCAAAUGUUCUCAGAGUGUUGCUCCACCGAUUCGUCCAUUUUGCAUGAACAGACUUGAUGUGGAUUCAGCGGACUCAGCUGUGAGCAAAAACUGUUCUCUGCAGCUUCCCUCUUGACCCGAAACAAAUAAAAAAAAAAACGUUGUUUUUUUGUCUUAUUUUAUAAGCUGUGAAUUCUUUGUUGAUGACGCUGAGUCAUUCGAGGUAUCCAAAUGACUUUGAGGCAUCAAUGUGGAAAUCGAAAAAAAUUGCCAAACAUCUAUUUUGUAAAUAAGAAUCCUCCCAGUCCCCCUUACCUGAGCCUCUGUGCCAUAAGAUAGCUCUCUGCCUCUUUGGAUGCCAACUACCUGUGUUUAAUCUCAAGCAAUGCCCUACCAGCACCUCCAUCUUUGACGUCUGGAUGUUUGUUUCGCUUUUUUUUUUGGCUUUUUCUUUUUUAUUUCAUUAUUUUUUUCUGAAAAUGUCUGUUUCUGUUGGGUUGGUGAGAUAUGAACUGUGAAUCUGUGUUACAUGGUCAUUCUAAAUAAAAGCCUGAUACCUGUCAAAAGAUACGAGAAAGGAAAGAGUCGACACAUUACUACGACGUGAAGAUUUCAGACUUUUUUUAAGGCAGAUUUUCCUGCAUCUUUCUGUUUUUAGAUAUUCUACAUUUCCAGUUGAGGUCACAUUGUUUACAACUCGCCUCUAAGGAUCAUAUCUUUGUUUGUUUUCUUGAGUAAAUAAGCAGAAUAAACCCAUGCUGAUUUGAUAUAGCUUAAUAACCACAUGCUCAGAGACAGUAGAGUGCAUUUCUAUGCCUUAUCAGGUUUAUUUCUGUCGUUCAGUCACUGUUCUUCUUGUCGGGUCAUUGUUGUAACAAAGCACUUGGGCGUAUUGUAGGUCUGCUCCACAGUAUGAAAGGUUGAAAAAGGAAAGGCAACGUUAUGUAAUAUGAACAAUAGAGAUAUCACUAUUAACUGCUAGACUUACAAUGACAAACGGUAACUGUACCCCUGCUCGUGUAAGAAAAAUGAGAAAUAGUCCGAAAUAUUUUGUAAAUUUUAUUUAUGGAAUUAAGAAUUGUCAUGAAAAGAGUAAAAAAAAGGACUUUUGUACGUCUAUGACUUCCCCAUACACUGUAUCCAUCCACUGUUCAGUCACAAAUAAAAUAUCAUGUGAUUCCCAUU